AUGUUUUUGUGUUCCCAAUGGAAUGAAUAUGCUGAAUCAUUUUUUGAUGAUGUGAUGAAAUGGCAUGCAACAUCAUGGAUUCAAAGAUACUUGUGUCCUGAACCCUAUCCGGAGGAGAAUUUGGAGUUUCUUAAAUCACAGAAUAUUUGUCUAUUUCAAUUUGGAAUUGAGGGGAAAACGGAAGUUUCUUUACCUAUUCUCAGUGAUUCUAUUAUGGAGGCUUUGAAAAUUUUACUUGAUGUGAGAAAUCACCCUGUUUUGAUUCAUUGCAAACGAGGAAAGCAUAGAACAGGUUGUGUAGUUGGUUGCUUCAGAAAGAUGCAGAACUGGUGUCUGUCUUCUGUGUUUGAGGAGUAUCAGCGCUAUGCUGAUGCUAAAUCCAGGACAGCGGAUUUAACAUUUAUAGAGAUGUUUGACAUCAUAAAUCUUAGGCAGUGCCUCUACAGCAUCAUCUACCAGUAUCAAGGUGCUUCAAAGAAGCGCAGAUUGAUGUAUCAAGGCGAGACUACGCAGAAGCCACCCCGUUUGACAUCGUUUUAGCUGUUGCACUGGCUAUCAACUCCAUUUUUGGAUUUGGUAGAGAACUCAUACUUCAAAGUAAUUUUUUGGAGUCUUUGAACAUAUAUCCUUAGGGUUUUUAAAGAUCUUUUGAGUACUGUUAUUGACAUGCAUAUUCUCA